AUGGCUACUGAGAAGGGACAAGGGCCUAUUUGGCGCCUAGAGUCUACCGCCGCCUCGUCUUCUUCGGCUAAUUCUAGUGCCAACGACGAUGUUGUUGCCGAUGCCGCCGAUGCUGUCGAUGCCCGGAUCGAUAACGUGGCUGAUGAUAAAUCGUCAGGGUCUGAGUCAGGAUCGGGAUCAAAGCCAACUGUUACCUUUAAUGUCCCGAACCCAGCUGUCACUUAUGGAGGAUUAAACCCGGAGAUCGAAGAAAACGUUUUAAUUGUUGAAUCUGUCCCCCGUGAAUCCCUACGAAGUAAUAAUACAGAUCACGAGAUGUUAGCCUCCUACUUGGAUGACGAUAACAAGGACCCAGGGAAGACUAGCCUAGCAAGCCGAGACCCAAGCCCUAUUAUUUCCUCUUUAAGCAACCAUGCAGACUCGACCCCUUUUCUUGACUUGCCUACCGAACUCAUCGAUGCGAUAAUUUCAUGGUUGACACCCUUGGAGCUAGCGACGACCUCGCGCGUUUGUCGAAGUUUACGCAGCCAUGCACUUUCUGAGACGCAAUGGAGACACCAUGUACUAUCAAAUCUUCCGGGAAAUCGUAUCGCAUCACCGUACCCAUGCAAGAGCUGGCGCGAGCUCUACAUAUCACACGACCCGUAUUGGUUUUUAACGGAGCACAAGGUGUGGUUUUGCGAUCGCGAGUUAACCGGCCGAAUGAUCAUUGCCCGCUAUGACGAACGAAGAGGGUGCAUCGAAGGGUACCAAAUGGUGGCCAAACGGGCGAGAGACGGCAGCGAGCCAUGGGCUUCCAACCAAGAUGUGCACAUCCACUACUUUGAACCAACUGUCAAACUGCAUCUCGACAAACCGAUCUUGCAACUCAAUAUCGAUAGUCUCGAAAAUAUCAUGCGUGGCAGAUCAGAAGUGUCUUUUUCCUUUCGGCACUUCUUUUCGGAACAGCCGAUGCGAAUCAAAAAUAGUCCCGAUCCUCGAUUUAGCAACUUCUUGCUUGCAAAACCACUCAGCAAAGCAGUCCUAGCCGGUCGAAUGGCUAGAGAAUUUCCUUACGGUUAUGUGUGGCCUCCUCCCGCGAUACCGGCUCACCACCGAGUAACGGGCCAGCCAACAGGCAUCCAUCCCCUCGCGACAUCUGCCAACUACACGAGAUCGACUUCUGGAAUGUGGCAGCCACAAAACCGGUCGGAGGCGUCCGAUCAGAUAUUCCGCAUUAGGCAAUGGAUGGAAAUGGGGCCGCAUAAUACUCUUGCCGUGCAAACCGCCGAGGAGGUUGUGACUUACUCGACUCUGGACCCCCGUCUGUAUACACCGACAGCUGAAAAGCCUUGGAGAGGAAUAUGGGUUGGCGACUACAGCGGUCAUGGCUGUGAGUUCUUAUUAAUCAACCAACCCGAAGAUGAGAAGGAGAAGGACGAGAAACCAUUGGUACAACUCGGAGGUGAAACUGAGGAGGAAUUCAAGGCCCGUUUCUUAUAUGAGCGCGUUUAUCGCGGACGACUUGAAGCUAUUAAACUAACAGGCGAUGGGAAUGUGCCGAGGGGCGAGUACUCUUUCAUAGCGGAUGAUCUCGGUGAGGAAGGAUACAUCGGCAUAUCUCAGGAUCCACCAUUCCAAGGUGCUCGGGUCGUGAAGAGCAAAGGUCACAUUGCCGGUCUAGGGUUUACUAAUGACAAAUAUACGGAGUCGCGACUCCUUUUACUCUCGCACAACCGCCUAGCAUGCCAUUGGCUUGCCUUUGGCCACAUUAGCUUCUUUGAGAGGGUUGAUAUCGACCAGUUCCUCAAGCCUUAA